AUGCACGUACUUUGGCUCUUUCUCAUGAGAGUAUCCCUACACAAAGAUCCUUAUCUCAAGACCGCGAGCCACGUCGCUACGCUCGAGUUCGUUCGGCGUGUGGUGGGGAUCUCGGUCCCCAAAGUAAUUACGUUUGAUACAUCGAGCGAUAAUGAGCUCGGAUUCGAAUGGAUUUUGAUGGGGCUCAUGCCCGGUAGACCGCUUCAUGACUACUGGAAAGAAAUUGAAUCGCCUGAAAAAAUAAAAUUGGUCAAACAGCUGGCAAUUUUUCAAGCCAAGUUAUUCAAUCACAGAUUUGGAGGCAUUGGAAAUCUCUAUUAUGAGACCCCGCACGUUGAGACCAAAGACUCAACCGCCCCACAAGAGUCAGCGCAAUCUAGUGAGCCCGCAUUUAUCUUGGGCAAGAUGGUUUCCAAAACUCCCUUCAGAUGUCCAUGGCCCGAAGUUCCCGCAGGGCCGUUCAAAAAUUCACAUGACUGGCUGCAUUACAGAUUGUCAUACACUAUCAACGCCCAAGAGCGUGAAAUAGAAGAAUCAAUACGCGACGGCGGUAAAGCUUGGAUGUUAAAGAGGCGCAUGAGUCUUGCAGUGCGGCUUCUAGAAUUGUUACCUAGCAUUUUCCCUGUAGACGAGACGGAGUCAACCUUUCUCCGCCACGAUAAUCUCUCUCUGGCUAAUAUUCAGGUUGAUGAAUUUGGGGAUAUCUCAGCCAUUACUGAUUGGGAGUGCAUAUCUGCACUGCCGUUAUGGCGAGGAUGCCUGGAGGCCUGUCUCGACGACACUUGUGACUCUCAAUUACGGGUUCUAUACGUGGCUGAGACGCAGCGACUUCAACCAGACUGGGAGGAACAGGUGAACAAGCACUGGGUAAAAGCCGACUUCGAAAGGGCAGUACACCAUGUAAACGAUGGAUGCUACUACGAGGUGAUACAAGAAUGGCUAGAUGGUUAUGAUGACGGGUGGACUUGGAGCUGGAGACAGCAGUGA